GUUUCCUUCCCUAUGAAGACCCAAAUCGGCACCUCUUUCUCGUCGCCUCCCCACCUUCCGCACGGAUUCCCCGGCCCGUUUCCAAAUCCAUCCCUCCCACGUCCCAUCUCCAAUCCCCAUCCUCUUCCCCGGCGACAGGCGUGCGAUGGCCAGUGGGAAGGACCACAUCUCCCGGCGGAAGGCGCGUGAUGCAUGAGGGAGGUUCUCCCGUAGCCCGGCGACGAAGAUGCAGAAGUGGCGCAUCACUCGGAGCAAGAGAGCGACACCCGUUGCUGUGAGCUGGUUGGCGUCGCCCCUCAUUGCGGCCUCCAUGCCUUUGUCCCGCCAUCCAACCCGUGGCCCUGGCCCAUCCUCCUCCGCUGGCCCAAGCCGACUGCUGUCCCCUGGGACUGCAAGGCAGACGCGGGCCGGGGCCCUUGCCGGCAUGGCGGAUGGCGACGAGGACGAAAAUGUCACCGACAGCUCCUCCUCGCUUCCCGACCAGGAGCAAGAGUUCACUUUCGAGAAAAUGCGCAUUCUGCUACAAUGGACCGAGGAGAGCGACGAGGAACCAGAAUCGGUCACUCUGCCAGGCUACAAGAUUCAUCGAAUGGCGAAAGAACUUCGGUUGGUUCUGAGGCGCAGGCUGCAGAAGAAACGCAAGGAGGCAGCUAAUAAGGGGCCUGAUAAUAACUAGUUGUUUAAUUAGAAGUUCCAGAUAUUUGUGAACUGAUGUUUUCUAAGGGUUAUUUUGCUGUCCGGUGAUGUAUGCAUAUUGGUUCAUACUAUGUAUGGAUCAGUAUGCUUCCUAUGAUGAUGCACUAUGUGAACAUGUUUAAGUGUGUGUGGAUGGGUAUGCGUCCUGGUGCACUGUGAACGGUCCUGGUGCACUGUGAACCUUUUUAAGUUUGAAUGCAUGCAUGCUUAGAACUGAAUGUUGCAUGUUUAGUUAGUAAUAUUUUGUUAAUUAUUGUUGUUGUCAGUCGUUUAUUAUCUGUAUGGGAAGUAUGGAUCAGUGA